ACACUGCGCCGUUAUUUGAGGAAACGAAAUUGAAUAGGCGACUUUUCCACCCAUGCGGAUCUGUGCGCAAAAUCAGACCCAAAACAAGCGCCGAAACAGCGCCAUUAAAGUGGUCACGAGCUGUCCCUUAAACGUGAAUUGAGUAGGCCUAGGUCAUCGUGUCAAAAUUCAAAGCAACAUAAGCACAAUAUUUCCUCAAUGUGUGUUCUGCAUGGAUGGCAAGGCUGCAGCAGCACCCAGAAGUGAACAAAGCGACCCGGAAGCGGUGGUCCGACUGGAGGCAGACAGAAAGAACAUCAAGCUUUUAUAUUAUAGCUGUACUCGCAAGACAAUAUCUGCAAUCAGGACACAAGGAUGGCAGAGCCUCGAUUUAACAACCCGUAUUUCUGGCCGCCACCUCCAUCAAUGCCAGGCCAGCUGGAUAACCUGGUGCUCAUUAACAAGAUCAAGGAGCAGCUGAUGGCUGAGAAGAUUAGACCCCUACACCUGCCACCUACCUCCACACCUUCCCAGCAGACGUUGCUGGUGCCAACCUCUUCCCCCGAUGGAAGUGCUCAGCACAGCAUGCCGGUGCUGAAGCCGCAGCAGCUGUCGGGCCACCACCCUCAGCAGCAGGGCUCCGGACAGCCGGACAUCGCUCUGCAUGCUCGCCCUGCCUCCAGCUCUGGACAAGAUGGAAACAUGGAUGACAAGUCAGCAGUUAAGGCCAAAGGACUGUGGGAGGACUGGCACAUGAGACAGCUCAGCGAGCAACAUGGACGGCUCAACCAUCGAUCAGGCCUGGCUCCCUCUUCCCGACCUGAAAGCCAUGGCACCUCUGAGGCACUAACCCCCACAACCCCAACCUCCAGCAGCCACAACCGUCUGGGUGGCACCCCCUCUGUGAACAUCAUCUCUGGGCUAGCUAGCGGUCCUGGCAUGGACCACAUGAAAGUUGGAGGCCUGGCUGGACUAUUGGGCCCCCCACCAAAAGCACCCCGGGGACGAAAGAAGAUCAAAGCAGAAAACUCGUCUGGUCCUCUGCUUGUGGUGCCCUAUCCCAUCCUAGCUGACCAAGGCUGUGUCACUAUUGCACCCAAAGAGGGCAAAACCUACAGAUGCAAAGUGUGCCCGCUCACCUUCUUAACCAAGUCUGAGAUGCAGAUUCACUCCAAGUCCCACACGGAGGCCAAAGCACACAAGUGUCCCCACUGCUCCAAGACAUUCGCCAACGCCUCCUACCUGUCCCAGCACCUGCGCAUCCACCUGGGGAUCAAACCAUACCACUGCUCAUACUGCGAGAACUCGUUCCGUCAGCUGUCACACCUUCAGCAGCACACCAGAAUCCACACUGGUGAUAGGCCUUAUAAAUGUGCUCACCCUGGAUGUGAAAAGGCUUUUACCCAGCUGUCUAACCUCCAGUCUCACCAGAGGCAGCACAAUAAAGACAAGCCGUAUAAAUGUCCUAACUGCUACCGUGCCUACUCAGACUCCGCAUCAUUGCAGAUCCACUUGUCAGCGCACGCCAUCAAAAACGCUAAGGCCUACUGCUGUAGCAUGUGUGGAAGGGCAUACACCUCAGAGACCUACCUUAUGAAGCACAUGUCCAAACACACGGUGGUGGAGCACCUAGUAAGCCACCAGUCGCCUCAAAGGACAGAGUCCCCCAGCAUCCCCAUUCGCAUCUCCCUCAUCUGAGCUCCCCAGCCACUCAGCAGCAGGUUGGAUUCAGUAUCUAUGUAAGGCCGGUGCUUAUGAGGACUGCACCCAGAGCCAUCUACAUAAGGCUUACAUUAGCAUUAUAACCGCUGACAUAAGCAUUCAGUAUAUAGGCUGCCUCCAUCCAUCCCCACACAGGCCGUCUGUCAAAAAUGAGCACAGCGUUAUUUUGUGAAUGUAAAAAAUACAGCUAGAUGUUUCUGGAGGAUCAAGUGGCAAAGAAUGUCUUGCGUCAGAUUUAAUAAGCACUUUUUCGUAAGCAUCAUAUAAACUGCUGGAUGCAUUGGCCAUUAGAAAUAUUUAAGUUAGAGUUUUUUUUUUCUUCCCCUCUUCCAUGAAAUGGUUUCCCAAAAAUGUGCCAGAUGAUAUUUGCCCUUAAAGGUCCCAUAUCAUGCUUUUUAUGGUUUUAUAUGCCCUUUAGUGUGUUUUCCAAGUGUCCUGUGCAUGUUUAGGCACAUCUAUUUGCAAAAAUUCAAAGUCCGCGGAAAUGCGGCUUCUCCUACGUCCUCCUGUUAGCUGUAGCAUUAGCUGCAUGUAACGCUCGGUUCUAGCCCCCCUCGAUAAAAAUUUGUCAGUGCGACGUCUUGUCAGUGUGAGAUCACUGAUCUAAGCCCAUUGGCUCGUUGUGGCAAGCCCUGCAGUUCAUUAACGACAGAGCGGAUCGGAAGACCAAUCAGAGCAGACUUGGCCCACGUGGGGUCGAACAGUGUGGGCUCAACAGAGUGUAGCUGACGGACUCAGAGCGUAGAGGGAGCAAGGAGGAGCAGUACAUGAAAACAGACACUUUUUUCGAACUUUAGCUAUUGUGAACGUACAAAAGUAGGAACAUAGAUUAAAUAUACCAACCCCAAAAAGGGCAUAAUAUGGGAUCUUUAAAAAGAAUUGAGAAAGUGAAAAAAAACAACAAUGUUGGAUGGGUGUAUUCUGGAGACAUCCAAAGAUAAUCUUAAAGCACUUUUAGGCCUUGUGGUUUUUUGCUCAAAUUGUUCAAAUCUUGUUGGAUGGAAAAUGCCAAAGGGCAUUACUUGUGGCAGCUAAGAGUAUGGACUGUGUGUAGAUAACAGUCUUUCUGUUACUUUUUUUUUUUUUUUUUUUACACAAAUCUACAGGGUCAUCUAAAAUUUAAGCAAGGCAAUCGGUAGAUUACAAUUCAAACAUUUAAUGAUUGUAUCAAGAAGUUGUAUUAUUGACUUUGGGAGGCAAAAAAGAGGGAAGAAAGAUGAAUGUUUUUUUUUUUUACUUCCAAAAUUUACUCCAUAUUUGAUAUUCACUUUUAUGGCACCUUUUUGAUCAUAAGGUAUGAUCAGAGUAACACUGCUUUAGACAUGUUUUCCUCACGUCUCAUUUUCUAGUGCCAUAAAGAACCUUGCUGAGGUGUUGAGAGGAAGCUUAUCUUGUUAUAGUGUGUGUUUGCUUUCUUUACCCAGUUAAGCUUUGACUAGUGUUAGCGGUUCGGAAAUCUUGCACAUAUAUCAGUGCCAGCUGUGCUCCAACAAGCCCAAAUUUUGAAAAAAACUUGAAGUUACAUUUUACGGGAGCAGUAAUUUUAUCAUUAGAAAAAUAUUGGACCAAAAUGUGAAGUCACUGUAUACCUACUUUGACCCAGUUAAGUAUUUUUUUCAUUUAAAUAAGCUUUACCCAUUUGGUAUAAACUGCAGUAUAAGUCAUAUUCAAUUAGUCUAUAUUUUUAGUUAAAGAAAUUUGUAGUUUUUGUAGAGGUGAUGCCUCUCCUUUUCAUUUUUUUUUCUCAUUAGUUUUCUUUUUAUUGUACAUGGUAUUGUUUGUUGUAUUUUAACGGAAACUUUAACCUCUGGAUGGUACUAUUCUUCAGGGCACAUCUGAAAAGGUGCUACAGCUAGAUAUCACGCUGGAGAUGAACAGAGAAUAAUGUAAAAUACAUAUACAGUAUAUAGUAUGUUUUCAAAAAAUAAAAACGUAUUACUCAAGCCACUGGCCUGAAAAACAUUUACGCCAACAACAGACCCUGCCUCCUCAACCUACUCCCUCUUUCGAGAUAACCGGAAAAUGUACAUGUUGCUGUACUGUAAAACAUGUUACUCAUUUAAAGUUCCUAUUUUUACGUUUAAUAAACAUGUUCGGUUUGGGUUUUGUAAAGGUUUAUGUAUGAACUUUCUGUUAUUAUUUUAGUCUACUCAUAUGUUAUUAAUAUUCAUGUUUUCUAUCAGUUAUUUACAUGUAAGCCUUAACUGUUUUAUCAUCACAUUUCCAUUACUCUGUAUUGUGUUCUGCAGUAUUCGGUUGUGUAAACAUUUUUAUUAUUUUUAUCCUUCAGCAUGGAGUUUCUGAGCUGUAAUCUGUAUAACUGUUUAACCCAUGUUCUCUAUGAAAAGAUAUUGCGUAGAUUUACUACACUUUUUCCUGUCUUGCAUUGUGGUUUCAUAUACAGUUUCUAGACAACUAAAUAUGCACAGCCAAGACUGAGAAGUUAAACUAAGGUUAUCAAUGUUUUAAAAAAGAAAAAAAGCUUUGUAUCUUUACCUUGUUUAAUAAACAGACUGUUAUAAAUUCA